AUGGGAAGUACAAAAGAGGUAGUCACUCUCCAAUUUGGACAUUACGCUAAUUUUAUUGGUACUCACUGGUGGAAUAUUCAAGAAUCAUCAUUUAUUUAUGACCCUAAACUUGCAGAGUCCAAAGAAGUCAAUCCAGAUGUUUUGUUUCGAGAAGGCAAGAAUUUAAAUAAGCAAGUGACAUUCACUCCUCGACUGAUAGUUUGGGAUUUAAAAGGAAGUCUUCACUCGCUAAGAAAAGAAGGAACUUUAUAUGAUUUCCGUUCUGACAGAACAAGUGGAUGGGAUGGAGAUGUAACAGUUACAAAGAAGCCAAGGAUUGAAAAGAAUGAAUUCCUUAAAGAUCUUGAGAAACAAGAAAAAUUACCAUCAUUCAGUUCUUUAUUCAUUCCACUUAGCCUCAGCUCUUCUGCUUGGCUAUCAAGGCCCAGUGCUCAUAUCUCUUACAGAAAAUUCCCAAAUGCUAUCUACAAGCCUAAUCUUGAUUAUCACACCAGUGCCAUUUUAGCUGCUUGCCUGGAAAACAGCACUCUUCCAUAUCGUCUUUGGAACAAAAGUGGACACAUGAAAGAUAUUACACAUUCAUUCCAUGGUUUGGGAAGGAAGGUUGGUGCACUGAUGGCUGCACUCCCUUUUCCUUUGGGUGAAGACAGUUCUCUAGUUGAGACAUUCAUGCAACUUGAUGGAGAAAUGCCUUGGACACCAGUCAGCCCAAAUAUCUCACCAGAAACCAAACCUUGGAUGAUGUCCAGUGUGUUGCGAGGAAUUUCUGAGGAACUGGCUAUGACGUCUAACAUUAAACCAGAGUUUGCCCAAGUGCUGAGCCAUUGUUCAAGUGUCUCUGAUGUUCUUGAAUUGUUUGUAACAGAAUUAUUUCCAGGCACUCUCAAUGCUGGUUGUGUAGUCACAGCUCCAUGCAAAGUUGUAACACCCUAUCCCCAUAUCUUCACUCCCAAUAUUAACUCUGGUGGACUUGUCUCAACAAUGCUGAGGACACCUAUGCAAGGUGUUAACUCCAUUCCUGUAAUGUCCUGCAUUCAGAGUACAAAGGAAUCUGGUAAAAUGGUAGGGGAAUUAUAUGAAGAAGCAAAGAAAAUUAACAUCAAAAGAUUCCACCGGUUCCUUUCAACAGGUUUGGAAGAGGAUGAGUUUAAAGAAACUCUCAACGAACUAGCUAACCUCAGUGAAAAUUAUGAUGACUGA